UCUGGUGUUUUGUUGUAGCGCUCAGCGGGACCAGAGGAGCAGUGCAGCUCUCCAAAAAACGCCGAGCUGCUGUAGAGGCGGGCGGGAGGAUGUUGCGUCUGAACUGCCGAUUAGGCUGAUCAGAGCCGGAGCAGCGAUGCAGUGACAGAGCCGGUCUGCAUGGACAGAGAGAGAGAGGGGGAGAGAGAGGGAGGAAAAACUACAAAUAAGAAAAAAAAAAAACACAUGAAUGUAUGCAAGAGAUGAUCCGCUCGUAGACUAUGGCACCGUCGGGCUCGCGUAGUGUCAAGCGGGGCUGUCAGAGAGUUUUGUACUGGAUCCCGGUCCUCUUCAUCUCCCUCAUAGUGGCUUGGUCAUACUACGCCUAUGUUUUACAGCUUUGCGUAGAGUCCAUCGAAGACCUUGGAGAAAAGAUUGUGUAUUUGCUGGUGUACCAUAUACUCUUCAUCAUGUUUGUGUGGGCUUACUGGCAAACAAUCUUCACCAAGCCAAUGAACCCCCUGAAGGAGUUUCACCUGUCCCACUCAGACAAAGAGCUGCUGGAGCGUGAAGAUCGGGGAGAGUCUCAGCAGGAGAUUCUGAGGAGAAUAGCAAAGGACCUGCCCAUCUAUACUCGCACCAACUCUGGAGCAAUCCGUUUCUGUGACCGCUGCCAACUGCUGAAGCCUGAUCGAUGUCACCAUUGUUCAGUCUGUGAUAAAUGCAUCCUGAAGAUGGAUCACCAUUGUCCGUGGGUGAACAACUGCGUGGGAUUCUCCAACUACAAGUUUUUCAUGCUCUUCCUGGCAUAUUCGCUGCUCUACUGCCUUUUUAUUACUGCUACAGAUCUUCAGUACUUCAUUAAAUUUUGGACAGCUGGAGGUAGAGCGCAUUUCCGUCUGAAAGAGUAUCUGAAUGGCCUACCAGACACUCAGGCGAAGUUCCACAUCAUGUUCCUCUUCUUUGCUGCCUCCAUGUUCUCCGUCAGCCUUGCUUCGCUUUUCGUCUACCACUGCUGGCUCGUCUGCAAGAACAGAUCCACUCUUGAGGCCGUGCGCGCCCCGGUGUUUCGUCAUGGCACGGAUAAAAAUGGUUUCAGUUUGGGCUUCAGUAAGAACUUCCGGCAAGUGUUUGGCGAUGAAAUGAGAUACUGGCCGAUUCCCAUUUUCUCCAGUCUAGGUGAUGGCUGCUCGUUCCCGACCUGCCUGGUGAACCAGGAUCCGGAGCAGCCGGCGUCUCCCAGUGGCUCCAGCACCGCCACCAAGGUCACCUCUGAGGGCCACCAGUUCCCCUCCAAACCACUGAGGGAGUCCCAGAGUCGACUGCUAACCAGCACCCCCUCCUGGACAGAGAGUGACACUGCAGAGGACAGAGACAAGAAGGGCACGAGCAACCCAGGGAUGACCAUUGAGAACGAGGCGUAGCCCCAGAUAAGUGAGUUUACACACUGACGCACACAUCGCCCCGAUAUAUCAUGAUCUCAAAAGACACUCAACUGUUUAUUUCAUCCAACAGGUCUAUGCUGCCCCCCCUCUGCCCCCUCCCUCCUCCCCCCAGUGUCUAUGCCUAUCAGAUUGUAAUGUGGUGGUGACAUCAGUCAAUGUUUGUCAUUUCCCAUGAUGCACUGCUGUAGUUAGCCACUGCUUCUGAGGGCUCUUCACAUCACACAGACCGAAGUUGCAUAAAAUAAAUCAUCAUCAUCGUCAUUAUUACUAUGAUUGUUAUUGUUAUUGUUAUUAUUGACAGUAGUAUCACAUCAUAUCUGAAUCUCUGUUGGCCUCUGAACAUGUGGAUUAACUGCAUUCCAGUAAUAUAUAUAUUUUUUGUUUGUUUUAUUACUGUUUUAUAUAAUAAGCACAGAGCAGCAAUGUAAGAAAAGGGGUUUUGCACAUUGUUUAAAAUUAACCUAAGCUGCUUUUGUAUAUUACAAUGUGUUACAUACUUUUGUCUUUUACAUACUUUUUUUUUUGUAAAAGGCCCUGAUAAUAAUUAAAGGCAGGUGAGAUAAAGCCUGAAGCCCAAAGUCACCGUAAUUCUCUUUAACAGUUUAUUUGUUUGUCGUUCUCAUGUGGCGUAGCAGAUAAGUAAAUGCGAACACGUUUGCCAAACCUUUGCACACACAGUAAAUAUAGGUCACUAGUGGUAUUAAUGUGCUGUAACUGACAUUCCUUUUAGAGAGCAGUGACAAAACAGGCAUUUUGGUUGUUUUUUUGUUUGUUUGUUUGUGUUUUUUUCAUUGUAAUAUUACUUCUGGUGGGAAUCUGCACUGGCGAGUGUUUAACACAAGGCGGGUUUUGGCUUCUCACAGCCACAGCGCCGUGUCAUGUGUUGUGAGAAUCAGACUGAUGCAUGCUCUCACCUCAGGAUGUCGAUGCAAAUGAAAGACCUUGUGGUGGAAAACCGUGCACCGCCAGAUGUUUCUCCUUCCCUCAGACAGAACUUGUAAAGUAACAAUUAGUAAUUAUUUGAAUAAGGGCUCUGUUGUGUAACUAAUGGAUGAUUCUUGUAUUAUCGCAUGAGUGAGGACACUGUUGUCACACUGAAACACACACACACACACACACACACACACACGCACUCAGCAGCUGAAGACUGGUAUUCCUCUGUACUGUGACAGUGUGCUCCCCCUGCCAAAUCCCCUGUGCUGUGUAUGUGUGUGUGUGUGUGUGUGUGUGUGUGUGUGGUCGCCUCCGUGUCAAACUGCCAGCCAAAGAUCUCUGACUGUUUGUCUCCUGAGGGCUGGCAGGCUGGCCCGGGACCCCCGAAAAACCACGCCUCACUAUGGUGCUGCGACCGACAGCACAUCUCUACUCCGGUUCCCCCUCAGACGACUUCAGAAACAGCAGUUUUCUCCAGUAACUCACAUGACUGUACAUUGUGGAUGUACUACACAAAAAGAAAAGGAGAAAAAAACAACAACUAAAAAACAAACAAGAAUAUGGAUUGCUCCGGCUGCUUUGUACAUUUUUACCUUCUUGAAGAUUGUCUGUUCUCAUAUCGGACUGGAAACGACAACUCCAUCACUGAAAACUACAGUGUUUCUCUGUUGAAGAAUGUAUGCCUGUUUCAAAAAAGCUUCAUGGUGACGAGUCGUGUCAAUCUAUAUUUUUCUAUUCCUCUUGUCCGUAUGACUAAGAGACGUUAUGGAUGUGUGGGGCAACGUGCUGUACAGUCGUGAUGCCUUAUGAGAAUAAAAUGUCAUCUUGG